AUGGAUGUCACUCGCCUGCUCCUGGCCACCCUAGUGGGCUUCUUAUGCUUCCUUGCCGUCUACAGUCACCUGGGACCCGAGGAGACACUCAGCGAUGACCGGAGUCUGAGGAGCAACUCCUCCGUGAACUCGUUGGAUUUCUCUUCAGUUUCGAUAGUGGCACUGAAUAAGAAAUCCAAGAGGAUCAGCAGAAAAGAAGCCGAGAAACGGAAGAGAUCAUCCAAGAUGAACGCUUCGUUGAAGAAGGAGGCACGGCCCCCGCCACCCACGCCCUGCGUGGCCACCCGAGACAGCUGCAAGCCGCCUGCGCCCGCCUGCUGCGACCCGUGUGCCUCCUGCCAGUGCCGCUUCUUCCGCAGCGCCUGCGCCUGCCGCGUACUCAACCCCUACUGCUGA